GUCGUCUACAACGGGGGAGAUGACAAGAAACGAAGUCGCAGGGACGAGAAACGUCGCCGAAGGUAGUAGUAGUAGUACACUGCCAGCAAAUCCUCGUGGAGGUUGUGCCUCUGCAAGAAUCGCGCCGUUGCUGCCCGCAGAGGCUGAAUUGUACGGCGAUAUCUUUUGUGCUCCGGGCCGCUGGUUGCGCACCCGCUUGCUCACCGAGACUCCGAGUAUCUCCGUCUUGGCGGACACGCAUGUGACCCGGGUGUUUGCUCUGCCCAGUGCAGUUGUUUACGUAAAUCCGUCCUCGCGAGGAUCGCUGCUUGCGGGUGCAUCCGGUACUAGAUCUGGUGCUGGAGGAAGGACCAGUAACGAUGUUCUAGAUCCGUCGGCGGGGGCAAUGAAAAUUUCUACAGGUCGCGAAAGCCAAGAUGAAAUUUAUACUGCUACUACUGAUCCAUCUCAUCUCCAGCUCCUCCUUCGCUCUGGCCCACGCCGGGUCGCUACCGCGUCCGAUCUGCAUCCGGGGGAGGCAUUGGUGCUACACCAGAAGCAGUUCGCGCUGUACCUGCUGCCGGUAGAUGAGCUCCCGCGAACUGCGCACGUGAAGCUGGAAAAAGAGGUGGUCCGGCUGGUGCAGGUGCUUUUGCUGUACUUUCAAAGCCAUUCUUGUGCGAGGACCAGCUGCGGAAGAACUGAGGCCGCCGCUUGUCCGAAGAUGCUGCAGCUUCCUGUCCUACCGAGCAAAGCAACCUCUUCCUCGAGCAAAGAGUCUUCUGGCGCGGCUUCGUCUGACGAAAGCAGAAAGUCUUCUUCCGCGGCGGCUCCUGGGGGAGGCAAAAGGAUGAAAAGUGGUGUAGAAGUUGUACCUUCAGGAGGUAGUGCAAGAGGAGGAACCGCUGGUGAAAGAAUUGAUGCGCCACCGUCGCUGCAGAUUUUCGAGUUGCUACUUUUCGUGCACCUCCGCUACUUUCACGAUCGCAAGCAGCGGCUGGCACCCGUGUGGGAGGACGCGAUAAGCAGGGACCAGGAGUCCGGCGUAGUGGCGGAUUUGUUCUGGGCCUACGGUUAUCAAAUGUAAAAGUGUCUGGGUCUGGAAGUGUUCUAGAUUUGUCAGUUACGCGAGCACCUACCCUGCUUCUGUACCUUUUGUGGUAUGUUGGCCCAUACCAGUACAGUUUUCGGUCGGGUAGGACCCCGGGUGGCGGUAGUCUGCUUCUUGUCUUGAUUUUUUGCUGCUGCUGGGCUGCUCUGCUUGCGCGCCUUUCCCUUCUUCGAUGCUGCUCUCGUUUUCCUCGUACUUGACCAGCGGAUAGAAGUGUAACAAUUCGUUGCUCUACCCACUAAAGCCCAAUCGUGACCAUGCCCGUAGGAACUACUUUAUUAAUGUCUCUACGACUUUUGACUUCAAUCUUAACCUUCACAUGUAUUCCUACCUAACUUGUGUUUAUUUUGUUUUUUCUCUGUACGAUUGGCCAAAGCGCCACCGGGACAGCCUGCCCGUAGACCACCGAUGUCAUGCAUAUUUUCAAUGACCCAUCAUGUCUGUGAUGCAUGCCGUAGCAUCACAGAUUUUUAGAGCGCUUUGUGAUACCUCUACCGCAUGAGAAAUACCCUCUCUGCGUAGGAAAAACCCGACCCUUCUUGCUGGUCAUGCAAUACAAAUUUUUGUAGAAUCCACAGACAGCAUCACAAGUUUGGCUCUUCCAGACCCAGACAUUUUUGCAUUUGAUAACGGUGAGCUGUUGCUCGACGUGGUGCACAAAUUCUUCUGGUUUGAAGAUUUCCAUUUCCCAUCGGAGCAGGAAAAGGAACUACCCGAGGUUGUGGGCAACGGAUCUACUCGUAGUAGUUCUCCAACAAGCGACGUAAAAACUACUACAUCAUCUGCUGGGAGGUACUCCUGUUGGCAAUACACGAUCUUGGAACAAAACUCGAUGCUGUUGCUGCACCACGACAUCACUGAGAGCAUGAUGUCGAUUUCAAAGACGGAAGGGUUCUCGCAUGGAAAUAAUUCUGUGGAUCCUGUAGGUGCACCAGGACCUGCCGCGGUGCCGCAGCGACCGCCCCCGGGCCUUCCGCCACCUGUGGUCGCGACGGCGGGCACGAAGAAGAAGAAGGAAAAGCCUGUUUCCAAGAAAGCACCCCAGCAGGAACCACUUCAGCAGGCGAGUGGUUUAAUAUCAUCAACAUCGCCGCCAGGAGACCAGUCUUCUGUUCCUGGGACCACGACCUCCGCGGGAGCGGAAAGAACGACGCCUAGUACAACUAAAAAUCACGAGUUUUAUGUGCACGACGAAAUUCUCCAGUUUUCCGUGCGCAUUCGGUUUUUACUCGAAGCAGAGGUGGCACUGCUCACCGCCUGGGGCAUGCGCUCGAAGAAAUUCUGCGAAGAAUUGCUUAGGCCAGCAGGAUAUCAAAUGCAAAAAUGUCUGGGUCUGGAAGAAAUCACACAUUUGUCAUGCAUUUUCUACAUCUACAUCUACAAAAAGGUCUGGAAUGCACACAGAGCAUGACGAACUCUGUGGAGGCUUCUCCAUGCCUCUUCCGCAUGACAAGUGCCCUCUUCUGGAGACAAAAUUCGGGUACCUUUUGCUGGCUACGCAAGACAGAUUCUUGCCUGUUCCAGAAUCCGCAUCACAAGUUCGCAUCCUUCCAGACCCAGACAUAUUUGCAUUUGAUACAGGAGGAGAGACAGCCUUGCACGAGGAGGAAAGGCAGCAGUUGCAACAGCGGGCCGCGCGCUGGAAGGAAAUGGACAUAAGAGAUGAUGUUCAACAUCCCUUGCAAGACAGCAAGGGAACAAGCUUCCAGGAAAGAAGCGAGGCUGCCUUCAGCCCUGUCGACGAGCUCCGCAAGGUUUUCACGGCUCUAACGAACGCCUUGCUGAAGGUGUGGCGGUGGAAGACGGACGCAAUACGUCGCGUGCUGACCACGUUGGAGCAGCGCAGCGACAACUACGUGGCAAGCUCGACAGUAUUAAAAGGUGGAGAAACUACUCCGCCGGCGGUGGCGGCGCGCGAGAGGAAAACGAAACCCCCCAUGACCGAACUCCAGAGACAGCUGGCUGCCCUGAACUUGUUCGAGAAGGAAGCGCGCUACACGCUCCUGCUCAAAUUGCGGGAAGUCCUCGAACAAUCGGAUGAACAAAGAACGAUGAGCGCCCGGCUGGAUCUCGUCGAGCGCAUGAGGACCGUGGGGGAAUUGCUGCGUGAUCAUUUGGCCGUGGUUCAUGUAUUGAACGGACUGGAAAGUCAUUUUUUGUUGAAUUUCACUUUUCAUUUUGUCACAUGUCACGCUGCCCGUGCAUCUUCAUGGAAUUGUUGCGAUUUUUCGACAAAAGAAACCCAGUUGUCGUGGCAUUUUCAAGGAAUUAUUUUCACGCAUAUGCAAAUUGAAGAGAAACUGAAACAGAAAGAUAGAUCGAAAACAAAAAUUGAAAAAAUCUACCAGGAAAAGGGAGAUAGUACCUGGCGAUAUAUCCGAAGGAGCGAUAAAGAGCACUGGCUGGUGCAUUUGUUGCCCCGACUCGCGAAGCGAGACGAGGACGCGAGUUGCCAGGUGGCAAGAAAAACACCGGAAGUGGGAAGACGCGCCGAUGAAGCAGGAUUUACUGCUACGUCCACGUCGGUUGUGCGAAAAGACCGAAAGCCACAUGGACUAUCGCUAGGAGAGCCUGACGAGGGUGUGGUGGACCCAGACUCGCAGGAGCUGGACGCAUUGGUGGCAGGAAUUGAGGCCGUCCAAGUGACAACUCCGACAAGUCGUGACCAGCAAGCAAUCAGGAGUAGCGGUAUAAUGGCCGCGGCUGGUGCCGCGAUUUCUAAGGCAGCAAAUUAUAACGAUGUCCUCUCUGGAGCUGCAGCUAAGGGGACAAUAGCAGGUAACAAUCCGAAGAAGCAAGCCACUGCAUCAGUCGCGGGCGCCGCUCUUGGAAAAUCCAACACUGGUGCCGGCGGCGGCAAAAGUAGCAAGGAUGGUGCAACUGAAGAUGUCAGUCGGGAAGAGGAAAGUAGAGCUCUUGGGAAAAAGAAAAAAAAGAAAAACAAGAAGGCUAAGAAGGGUGAGGCCGAGCCAGAGGAAACGGAAACCACUUCUGCUAUGCCUGUCGAAGCAGUUCCUGACAACGGAACAGUUGGUGACGACGGAGCACUUGGUGACGACGGAGCAGUUCCUGACAACGCAGCAGUUGCUGAUAACCAUAACGGAGCAGUUGGUGAAGACGUCGCGAUGGAAGAUGAAGAUCCUACUGAAGAUACGGAAAAUACUAAAGGAGCGUCAGUAGGAGCGCGGCAAGAAGAACAAGAAGUAGAACAAGAGAACGAGCACGCAAAAAUCAAGGAUGAAAACACUGUGUUUCCUGCUGGAGUAGAUGCAGCAGAGCAACAUCAGGAAGAAGAACAGCAUGAUCCUCGAACUCCUGAUGAUCCAUCGGAACAACAGCAAGACGUCAACGUUGCGGCUGCCACGUCGAUGAGUGUGGAUCUUGAGGUUGUUCCAGAGCGCCCACCUGGAAGUUGGACCCAGGAGGAGGUUCCCGCCGUGGUGACCCCAGGAGAGAUCACGCUCACGGGGGAGAGCAGUAAUAAUAGCCCCCUGCGUGGUCGAGGUCGCGGACUUUCGUCGAGCGACGAUUUGUGUCCGGUGGACUCCUGUAGUGUGCGGAGUGAGGACAGUUCUUCUAUCAGUGUGCAGUGGCUGGGCUUCCCAUCCGAAACGCGUGUGUUGGACGUGGCGCCUGUUUUCCUGCGCCGGGUGCGGCAGAUGAUGAGAAGCAUGGUCUUCGCUUUUGAACUCGGAGAUGCAGCCGAGGACAAAUCUUGUUGCGCCGUUAAAACGACGACAACUUGUUCAGGGACCAGCGCGACUGGUCCUUGUGACAGCACAGCGGCGGAGGUACAGCAAGUUGCUGAAAUUCAUGAACACAAAGGGUCAACAGCAGCUUCGACGCUACGCAUAAGGAUAGACCAAGCAAUCUCGGACUGGGAACGGGGACUGCGUGCGCUUCUCCCCCUGCAGGUUCUGGACAAGGCCGCGACACAGAAGCGAUCCUUGCUGGGGAAGGGGUUACACCACGAGGUUCGGGACUUUUGCCUGGAGCAAGUCGAAGGAGACGAACUGGACGCGUUGAAUGAACACGGUCUGCUGUUUCGCAAGGCCACCGCCGCCUUGUUGGCCGUCUUUUUGGAGUUGAAAGAAGAAGCCGCCUCCUGCUCAGGACGAGCAGGUUGUGCAGCAGCAGCGGCAGGAGUAGUAGACCGUGUCAACCUCAACGUCAGCCUCGUGGAGCAAGCACUGAGGGCGUCCUGGACGUUUUACAAAGAAUUUUUGACGGAGGUGGUGCGGUUUCUCAUGUCGCCAGACCAUGCGAUAGCGCAUGGGCUAGUAACUCCUGCGCCGACGCCGUCCGAAGGGCAACGUGUCGAAGAUGGUAGUGGUUCUGUUGGAGCUGCUUCUUGCCGGAAUAAGAAUCCCGGAUUUGUCCUAGGAGGAGAUCAUCCUUUCCGGUUUCGCGACCAGCUAUUGGCUCUGGACCCAUUUGAACUCAACAUUGAGAAGCUUACCAAUGCAGUUCUGCACCCAAGAAAGUCAGGAGACGAGGAAACAAACCAUCAGCAUGACUCGGACGGUGCACCGGCACCAGCGGGAACACCUUCAAUCCCGGUCGUGGAGAAGUCGGCCCAGGAACGCAAUCUCGCCCGGCUGGUGCACGGGCUGCUGGCGCGGAACGUGCACGCGGCUAUCAAAUGUAAAAAUGUCUGGGUCUGGAAGCUUGUGAUGCUGGGUAGCGUCUCAUGAUGAGGCUACAAAUGCUGGCUCAGCAUGACAAGUUUCUGAGCUCCUAGGUGUUGUCUAUUCUGCAUGACAAACUGCGCUUCUGCAUCACAGAAAAACGCAGCUCUUGGGUAGCGUGCGUGACAGAUUUAAGAGUCAUGCCAGACAAGCAUGACAAACAUGAAUUCUUCCAGACCCAGACAUUUUUACAUUUGAUAGCGGCCGAAUUCUUGCAAAAAGAGUUUAACCCGGCUUUCGAAAAGGCCAUGGAAAAAGAACAAGAACAGCUGCGUGAGUACAGUACCGGCGGCUCUAAUUCCACUAGCGAAGAAGAAGUCGGUAUUUCUAGUAACCUAGUCGACGAGCAGGGGGUUCUAUUUCAAUUUCGCGAGGACCAUCAAGGCGUCGAGAACUACGGGGAAGACAGCGAGAAGACCUUCGCUUCUCUAUGGCGUCGUGUUUUCGGAGAAGAUCAUGACAGCUGUUCGACGGAACAGAAAGAUGCAGAAGCUGCGGCGAAAAUGACCGAAGAGGAGCCUGCGGGGCCGGCUCCUGUUUAUUUUUCCGGGGCGGGAAAAUUUUUUGAUGGUGAGAAGCAUGAAGAAGAAGAACUGCUCCCCACGGCCCAGAGGGCACCAUCGGCGGAGUGCGAAGAAGUAGAUCGCAUUGCAGCUCCUGCGUUGCAGCCGGAUGCUACAACUCAGCACUGGAUGGACCGCAAAUUGGAGUUAGAAGUACUCGACCCAGAACAUCGUACGACAUUAACUCCCGUGGAUGUUCCUAUGAACAUGCAAGAUAACGAGGAGUCGGAAAAAGAAAAACAAAAAGUGACGUCCGAGUCAUCCUCUUCAAAAUGUCGGCCGCCUCGGUCCACAUUUUCGUUCGAUGAGGACGCAGAGCGCACCUUCGGGGCGUUAUCCGCGACGCAGCUACUGGUCAAGAAGCAGAUCGAGGACGAACUACUCACGCCGGCGUUUGAGGGCAGCCGAAACGCUUUUUCCGCCGAGCAGGUCGGUUGCGUCGCGACGGAGUUUUCUUUCGUGGGCGUGCGCCCGGUGCGGUGGAACGCCUUUUUCGCGUUCUUCGGGGUGCAGCCACUCGAUGCCGGGAGUAGCGGUUUUUACUUUUCCGUCCAGCUGGCCCGGCACGAGGAGGAGGUCAAGGACCGCGUGGCGCUCCGGUUGGUGGACGUAGAGUCCACGAGCGAUGACGUCUGGUCGGAGCAAGAACUCCGGUCGCCCAUCCGCAUUAAGUAUUUUACCGCAGCCGGGACUAGUGCCGAACGCACGCGGGCCCCCCUCUGCCGGCGGGGGGCAGGAAGUGUGUGUUCUGUCCGUGGCAGCCGUCUAGCUGCCGCGCUGUGUUUUCUGUUUCUUGGCUCCCACCGAGAAAAGGAUGCGCGCCGGCGCAUAAGAGAACCAAUGGCAUUGGGUAGGCGCCCCACCUUGUCGGGCCCGGCGCGCUCUCCGGUCUUCCCGGAAAGCCAAUGAGGCCUGGCUUCUGCUUUUCGGCAGGCGCCCGGCCCCUUUGCUUCGCCUCUUUCUUCGACGCUUGCCACUGCCAGCACGCGCUGGCCGGGCGGCUUUUCUCUCCAACUUCCGCCGGCAAUAGGUUAUGAACAGCUGUGGCCCUGUGUCGCGGAGCUUUCCUCCAUUUCCUGUUCUGUUUCUGUCGCGCGGGCGCCGUCAACGCGCAGCAGCCCGGGCCCAGCGUCCCGAUUUAAUCGGCGAAACAGGUUGGGCCAAGGCGCUCUCCCGGCCGAUUCUAUCGUCGAAACAGGUCGCGCGGAGGUGUUUCGACGUCGAAACACCUUCGCCCGAGCUGUUUCGCCGCUAGAAUCGGUAACCCCGUCCUGGUUGGCUCUCGUCUGCGCAGCCUUUUUUUUCUUGGCCGGCCCCCGUUCCAGAGGUUUUUCCCAGGUGGGCGAUAGCUCUGCGUGGGAGGUUGGGCCGCACCUUUCUUGGCCCUGCGAGCGAGACGCGCACUGCCGCUGUGCGACAACGUGCGUGCCUGCCCAGUUCAUAUUAUUUUUGAGUCAAGGUUGGCGCAGACGCAGAGCCCGUGGGGCUCUCGGCCACCGAGACCACCACGCGUUUCUUGGUAGGCAGGGGUGAAUGGAAGGCCAGCAACCUCGGUUGCGCGGGGACUGCUCGGGCCAAUUUUCGUCCUUUUGCUUUUAUUUGUUGCUUGGCGUGGGGCUAGCGGUAGCGACUGUGGCUUGACCCAGGCCCUCCUCCCCAAGAAUCGACGCGCAACGUGUGUGUUGGGCCGGGCCGCCGGAGCUCGGCAGUUGCGCAUUGCAUGCGCAUGCGCAUGCGCCUGCACGUGCACAGAGCCCUUUUUGCGGUGUUUGAGGUGCCCCGUCGGGCUCUAAUCGGCACAACCUAAAGCGGCAGCGCGCUCGUUUCUGCUAGCUAUCGUGAACAUUUCCCGAUAGCUAUCGUAGUCGCGAUGGUGCCGGAGUUCUAUUGUGUGACUUCAUAGAGCGAUGACGUCUGGUCGGAGCAAGAACUCCGGUCGCCCAUUCCGCAGCUGGAGGCUCUGGUUUCUCAUUUGCCCCCGAUUGUGCACACCGCGUUUCGGUUUUUGUCUCUCUUCCUCAUCCGUGCGGGAGUCGCUGUCGCGCAAGAAAUUCCUGGCGACGAGUUUGGCAACGAUAUUGCAUUCGCAGGAGCUUCUGCUGCUGAUGCCCGCUCUUCUUCUACUACCUCCAGCGAAGCGCGGUUGCGGUCGCUGGUCGGGGUUCCGGAGCUGCUGGCCUUGUGGUGCCUGGAGAAGGGCUUCACGAAGGCGGACACCUGGAUGACGAAGAAGCUGGGCGAGAUCACGCGGGGCAACUUGCUGCUCCAGUGUUUGCGAGACUUGGACUUGCACUUCGCGGACGUUAGCGCGGGCGAUAUCGACCUAGGCACUGUCCGGGCCUGGCAAUUGGUGACACGGGAAGAAGUCCUCGCGGAGCGGGAACGGAUGCAAGAAACCCACAACUUGUGCAGCCUGUCGCGGAGUUUGUCGGACGUGAGUGCGGGCACCAACAGCGGGAUCGUGUCGUCAGUUCCCAUAUGCAUUGCAAAUAUGUCUGGGUCUGGAAGGUUGUAACUUGUCAUGCUAAGUCUGCAUCUUGUAAAGAUCUGUGUUGCAUGCUUACCUAAAGGUGUCCACUUUUGACCUGGUGUAGAGGGCGUUUCUGAUGCAGGAUAGGCAUGACAGAGAUCUCACAGAAUCUGUCAUGCUAGUUACUGCAUUCCAGACCUCAUGAGUCAUGGAAAAUCUGCAUGACAAGUCGCGCAUUCUUCCAGACCCAGACUACAUUUUUGCAUUUGAUAUCCCAGCGCUGGCCCUGAGCAAAUGGCGAAUCCCCCGCCCGGCGGUCUAUUCCCGGUCGGUUUUUUCCCGACUUACCAUCUGCAGCCCGUGGCAGUUGUGCCCGUGGUUGAUCAUGUGGAUAGCACUGGAGGAAACCGUGGUUCUGGGCCGCCGCAGAGCCUGUUUGUUCCCCCGCAAGAACACGGCGGCCCAUCUUACUCGCCUAGUAGUACUGUGCACCACCAGUUUGUUCCGAACCAGCAGCAGCAUUUAAUCCAAAUGCAGCAACAAGGCGGCAACAGUCCUGGGGGACGAGCAGAGGCGGGGCCCUCGAGUUCCUCGUCUCCUGCUAUCUGGCUGGAGCAGCAUCACCAGCAGCAGCCCGACUUCUACAACCCACAGACUGUACCAUCACAUCACCAGUCACUGUCCUACUAUUCGCCCGGUACAUGGGGUGGAACUAGCGGUGGACCUCCAGGUGUGGUUGUUUCUAGUGCCAACAUUACACAGCAGCAACAUCAUGUUCUUCAGACGCCAGCACAACUACAGCAGCAACAGCAUCAUGUUCUUCAGACGCCAGCACAACAACAGCUGCACCCUCCGCCGAUCCUCCUCUCUCCCACCGCCACGUAUAGCAUCCCAGCACUGUCCGGGGCUCCUGCAGGAGCCUCGAUGUCAACACUCUCCGAAUUGCCAAGGAUGUUGGAGCAACCGAUCUUGAGCUUUCCCUCCAGUUCCAGCAGCGCCUCGUUGCAGCAAGUUGGAGCUGCAUCGUCCCAGCAGCAGCCCACCGGGGCGAGAGCAGAGCACCACGUCGAGGAAUUCUGCAUUUCUACACCGAAAAACUCAAACACAAACUCUCCACCGGCAACAUCCAGCGGACAAAAUGAAGCGCCACUAUCUGGGGCUUCAGCACCGUCGCGGUUCCCGGCCGCCGGUGGGUUUGAGACCAACAGCCGCCCCGAUGCCGUGCGGUUUCGCUUUCGCCAGGUCGAGCGGGCCUCGCAACAAGCGGUGUUGUGCCAGGAGGAGCAGGAAGGCGGCCAGGAACUGUCGAACGUCGGUAGUGGAGCUUCUGUCAUUCUGUUCUCCAACAAACACGGUUGGGAAACCGAGAUACAGGCGAAAACGCUUCUCCGGCUAAACAACUUACAAGAGGUGUUGCAGCGGAGGCCCCAGAGGAUUGAAGAGCUCUUUGUGGAGGCGGAAGAGAAUCAAAGUUGACGAGGUAUCGACUUUGGUGUAACGCAACAGGUACGAUCGACUACGGACCAGAUAUGCAUUCGCCGUGCACAACAUCAUGACUCAGUCCAUGCAGUAGAAGUUCGCGUUUCUACUUUUGCAUCCACAUCACAAAUUUUAGUGAAUACAGACAUGACAGUUAAUCGCGGAACCCGUGACUUUUCGGAGCUUUCUUUGUCCAGAUUCGAAUAAGUAGCCUCUCUUGAUGAGAGGGCAGCGAAAAAUUUGCUGUCUGUGCAGAUAUAAUGAAAGGAACACGAGGUUUUUACUGUAUCAAUUUGCAUCUCAAAAUGAAACCAAUGACUAAAACUAAAGCGCGAUUUGCCAAAAAAUUUACGAAUAUCCAAAGAUGAAAAUAUAGCGAAUUGCUGUAAAAGUCGCCAUAGGAAUUGUUUGAUACUUUUUUUCACUUUAAUAUCGCCAGCAACUUUCUGUUUCUGCCCGCGCUGCCGAGUUGCACCGCCAUGGGCCGGCAAAAAUGGGCCGGCGAAGGGGGCAAGUAGAUCCAUUCGUUUAUAGAGAAUUUUGAGAAUAUAUAAUUUUAUCGAAUAGCCAUACCGGUGAUGUGCUACGGAUUCGAUGGUAAGUAGUUAUCGAAACAAGGAAGAAAGAACUUCCAUUGCAAGCGAACUUUAUUUCAAUAGAAACGACAUUUUAGUUUCACGCGAUGUUGAAAAUGCUUAUAGUAGAGCCUGACUGGCUGCAUAUCCCGGAUGAAUCGAAUUACUCUGG